AUGUCCAUUUCUAUGCAGCACGAAAUCAACUUCGCAUCACAAAGUGCACACAGCAAUGCCAGUAAUGUUGAAACUCCUGAAACAACUGUUACUAUCAACGCACGAUCCCGCCAUGGCCUCCUCCGUAAAAUUAAGUCCGUCCAGAUCGACCUCAACCUCCUGUCCUCCAUGUUUCACAUGCGUCAAGACAACGCCGCUCGCUCCCUGGGAGUGUCGCUGACCAGCCUGAAGAUCGCAUGCAGGAGGCUGGGGCUGAGCCGCUGGCCUUACAACGGGGGAGUGCGGGCGGAAGGGAGCGGGAGCGGAAGGGGGGAGGGCAGCACAGGAGAAGGGGGUGCGGGGAGGAGGGAGGAGGAGGCCGUUGAGGACGAGGAGGAAGGAGGGGAGGAAGAGGCGAGUGAGGGUGAGAUUUCCGAAGGAUCGAAUGAAUCAGAAGCUAGCCUGCAGAAACCUGAGAUGAAGGUGGAAACGUGCGAAGAGUAUGCGGACCUUGGGCCUGCUCCCUCCAAACUGGAUUCGUCCCCCGUUGCAAAAUUAUCAGAUACAAGGGCAGAUGUCGUUGUUGGACAGGUUGCAGAAGAGAUGGUCACGGAAGAUUUCAAGUACGACUUUGGUGAUGUGAGCAUCAGUGAUAUGCGAUGGUUGGGUUGUUUCUUGCGAAGUGAUGAUUCUAGUCCAAUAUAG